AUGUCACCGGAAUCUUGGAAAGACCAGCUGAGUCUGGUUUCGGCUGAUGAUUAUCGGAUCAUGGGUCGGAAUCGGAUCCCUAAUGCCGUCACGAAGCUUUCCGGACUCGAAACCGACGACGGAGACGGCGUAAACGAUCCAAACGGCGGCGCGUGGGUUACAAAACCGAAACGGAUCGUGGUUUCGAAUCAGCUUCCUAUUCGUGCUCACAGAGACAUUUCGUCGAACAAGUGGUGCUUCGAAUUCGACAAUGACAGUCUUUACUUACAACUCAAAGACGGGUUUCCUCCGGAGACGGAAGUCGUCUACGUCGGUUCCUUAAACGCCGACGUUUUGCCCUCUGAGCAAGAAGAUGUCUCUCAGUUCUUGCUUGACAAGUUUCAAUGUGUUCCUACUUUCUUACCUAGUGACUUGCUCAACAAGUAUUACCAUGGUUUCUGCAAACACUAUCUAUGGCCGAUUUUUCACUAUCUCCUACCCAUGACUCAAGCUCAAGGAUCUCUCUUUGAUCGAUCGAAUUGGAGAGCUUACACGAAGGUUAACAAGAUUUUCGCUGAUAAGAUCUUCGAAGUGCUUAACCCUGAUGAGGAUUACGUCUGGAUUCAUGAUUACCAUCUCAUGAUUUUACCAACUUUUCUCAGAAACAGGUUUCAUCGGAUAAAGCUUGGGAUUUUCCUUCAUAGUCCUUUCCCUUCCUCUGAGAUUUACCGUACGUUGCCUGUGAGAGAUGAGAUUCUUAAAGGGUUUCUCAAUUGUGAUUUGGUUGGGUUUCAUACUUUCGAUUACGCUAGGCAUUUCUUGUCUUGCUGCAGUAGGAUGCUGGGCCUCGAUUACGAGUCCAAAAGAGGCUACAUUGGUCUUGAGUACUUUGGAAGAACGGUGAGCAUCAAGAUUUUGCCGGUUGGAAUCCACAUGGGGCAGAUUGAAUCGAUUAAGGCUUCGGUGGAAACCGCAGAGAAAGUGAAGGGAUUGAGAGAGAGGUUCAAUGGGAAAAUUGUGAUGUUAGGUGUGGAUGAUUUGGAUAUGUUCAAAGGUAUUAGCUUGAAGUUUUGGGCGAUGGGUCAGCUUCUUGAACAGAACGAAGGGCUUCGUGGGAAAGUUGUUCUCGUGCAGAUUACUAAUCCUGCUCGGAGUUCAGGUAAAGAUGUUCAAGAUGUAGAGAAACAGAUACAUUUGAUUGCUGAUGAGAUUAAUUCUAAGUUUGGAACACCUGGUGGUUAUAAGCCUAUUGUGUUUAUGAAUGGACCUGUUAGUACUUUGGAUAAAGUGGCUUAUUACGCGAUCUCGGAGUGUGUUGUGGUGAACGCUGUGAGAGAUGGGAUGAAUUUGGUGCCUUACAAGUACACAGUAACCAGGCAAGGGAGCCCUGUUUUGGAUGCAGCUUUAGGUUUUGGGCCUGAUGAUGUUAGGAAGAGUGUGAUUAUCGUCUCUGAGUUCAUCGGUUGUUCUCCAUCUCUGAGUGGUGCGAUUCGUGUUAAUCCUUGGAACAUCGAUGCAGUCACUGAUGCGAUGAGCUCUGCCAUCACAAUGUCAGACAAAGAGAAAACCCUGCGGCACCAGAAGCAUCACAAGUACAUAAGCUCUCACGACGUGGCCUACUGGGGUCGUAGUUACGACCAAGAUCUUCAGAGGGCGUGCAAAGAUCAUUACAACAAGAGAUUCUGGGGAGUUGGAUUUGGUCUUGGGUUCAGAGUUGUUGCGUUAGAUCCAAAUUUCAGAAAACUCGGUGUUGAAACCAUAGUCCCUGCGUAUAAGAGAACAAGCAGUAGGUUGAUCCUAUUGGACUAUGAUGGGACAAUGAUGGAUCAGGAUACUUUGGAUAAAAGGCCGAGUGAUGAUCUCAUCUCGCUUCUCAAUCGCUUGUGUGACGACCCCAACAAUCUAGUCUUUAUUGUCAGUGGUCGAGGUAAGGAUCCUCUCAGCAAAUGGUUUGACUCUUGCGCAAAUCUCGGUAUCUCAGCUGAACAUGGUUAUUUCACUAGAUGGAACUGUAAUUCCCAAUGGGAGACAAGUGUACUGCCUGCAGAUUUAAGUUGGAAGAAGAUAGCUAAACCGGUGAUGAAUCACUACAUGGAAGCGACUGAUGGAUCAUUCAUAGAGGAGAAAGAGAGUGCAAUGGUGUGGCACCACCACGAGGCUGACCCUUCAUUUGGUUCUUGGCAAGCUAAGGAGCUUCUUGAUCACCUAGAGAGCGUGCUCACCAACGAACCUGUGGUUGUCAAGAGAGGACAGCACAUCGUAGAAGGUGUAAGCAAAGGGAAGGUGGUUGAGCAUUUGAUAGCAACGAUGAGGAACAGCAAAGGGAAGAGACCUGACUUUUUGUUGUGCAUUGGUGAUGACCGGUCUGAUGAAGACAUGUUUGAUAGCAUACUGAAGCACCAAGAUGUUUCCCCUAUAUCUCUCGCAGAGGUCUUUGCAUGCACGGUGGGUCAGAAACCGAGCAAGGCCAAGUACUAUCUUGAUGAUACACCCAUGGUUAUCAAGAUGCUUGAAUGGUUGGCCUCAGCUUCGGAUAGAUCAAAGGACAGUGAACAACAGAGCAAGUUCACUUUUCAACAGGGACAUUGUCGAAACGAAAUCAUAGAUCUUUGA